AUGCGGGAAGCUAUAUCUCCUAAUGAGCGUCUGACUGCAACUUUAAGAUUACUUGCCACCGUAAGAAAAUAUGAAGAUUUAAAGUAUUCUACCAUCAUAUCACCACAAGCAUUAGGGAGGAUAGUUCCAGAAACAUGUUAUGCAAUUCUGGAAGCAUUGAAGGAGUAUCAUAAGUUUCCACAAUCUAAAGAAGAUUGGAUUGAAAUUGCGAACGGUUUUGGAACGAGAUGGAACUUUCCACAUUGUGUAGGUGCUGUGGAUGGAAAACAUAUUGCUAUUAAACCACCUCCUGGCGCUGGUUCAUACUUUCGUAACUACAAAGGAUUCGAUAGUCAAGUUUUACUUGGGGUAGCCAAUUCAAAAUAUGAAUUAAUUUAUUUUUCUUUUGGGAUCAACGGACGAGUGUCAGAUGGUGGAGUUUUCCAAUACACUGAUUUUUAUCGAAAACUAAUGAACAAAUCUUUGAAUCUGCCUAAAGUAUCAAAUGUAAGUGGCUACAAUUUGCCCUACGUUUUAGUUGGAGAUCAAGCUUUUUCGCUAUCGCAGGAAUUCAUGACACCAUUUCAUCAAAAUGUACCAAAUGCGGAAAGACGCAUUUACAAUUACAGGCUUUCAAGAGCUAGACGUAUUAUAAUGAAGACGAAUAAUGGUAAACCGAUUCCAAAUAUUGGAAAGCAAUAUACACGUUGA